CAGUUCCUUGUUGCGAUUUAGGAGGAGGAAAUGGCGUCGGAUAGGGAGCGACAGAAUGCUCAGUAACCAGUCAGCAAUGAACUCUCAAAAUUGACGUGUCAGCCGUUUCACGACCGCUCCUCCUCACUGUAUCGAGGUCUAUUAGUUCGGAAAUAUGUUUGUAAAUCGAGAAAACCCUCUGCUGAUGUGGAUAUUAAUGACAUAACUGGUAAGAGCUGCAUCUCCUGCUAGCGUAGACUGCGUUUGCUCAAGGGCUAACAGGAACGCCAAACUCUGAUAUUUGGAAACCUUGCAGGUAUUGAAGAGUCAUUGCAGCCAAAUGGCCAAGGAGCAUAAACAAAGCAGGGCAGAAACGUAUGCUCUGACUGGGUCAAACGGUCACAAUGGGCAGCAGUGGCAGACUGCUGUGAAUAACGUAAACAGUCAUCCUUUGGGCACCAACGGCAGGUCAAGGAUGGCCCGCGUUGCCUCAGAUGUCAAACAAAAAUGUGCAGCGUAUGUGCUAGCUCUUAGACCGUGGAGUUUUAGUGCUUCACUUACACCAGUGGCCCUUGGCAGCGCAUUGGCAUAUAAACUGGAGGGCUCCGUGGACUUUGUUAUCCUGUUGGUGUGUGCAGUGGCUGUGCUUGUGGUUCAUGGUGCUGGAAACCUUGUUAACACCUACUAUGACUUUUCUAAAGGAAUUGAUCAUAAGAAAAGCGAUGACAGAACUCUUGUGGACGAAAUACUGGCGCCACAGGAUGUAGUAAUGUUUGGUGCUUUGUUAUAUUCCCUGGGAUGUCUGUGUGCAACACUGCUCUACUUCCUGUCUACACUCAGGCUGGAGCAUCUAGCCCUGAUUUACUUUGGAGGCCUCUCCAGCUCAUUUUUAUACACUGGAGGUAUUGGUCUCAAGUAUGUGGCUCUGGGAGAUGUGGUAAUACUUAUCACGUUUGGUCCUCUGGCUGUCAUGUUUGCUCAUGCAGUUCAGGUUGGAUAUCUCUCUGUGCUGCCUCUGGUUUACGCCAUUCCACUGGCCCUCAACACAGAAGCCAUCCUCCAUAGCAACAACACCAGAGACAUGGACUCUGACAAGCAGGCAGGCAUCGUCACUCUGGCCAUUCUCAUUGGACCAAUGCUCUCCUACAUCCUCUACAACAUCCUGCUCUUUGUCCCCUAUGUGCUGUUUUGCAUCCUCGCCACACAUUACACCAUAAGCAUGGCUCUCCCACUGCUUACCCUGCCCAUGGCCUUCCCACUGGAGAGGCAGUUUCGUAGCCGCUACUAUGCAAAGAUCCCCCAGAAGACAGCCAAGCUCAACCUCCUCAUGGGACUUUUUUAUGUAUUUGGUAUCAUCCUUGCACCUCCUGGCAGCCUGCCAUUAUUAUGAUUGAUCAGCUUUGAAACAUUGGUUGUUUUAACACUAGAUCACAAGACUGCCUGUGAUGGUACAAAGUUAUGUGAACAUUUCACUGGCUUUAAUUUAUAGUUUCAUAUGAUCGGAGAUUCAUGUUUAGUUUAUUUGCAUUGACACCCAAAGCAUUUUAUUUUCAGUAUUAGGCCUGCUUUAAUUAUUUGGUUAAAUAGCAAAUGGUGAUAUUUUAGAAGUGGGCAAGAUUUUUAUUAUUUAACAACAGACCAUAGUUCUACAUUUGCCAUAUAAGCAGUUCUGCAAAAUGGUUGUUAUAUAAUAUGAUGCCAGUAAAUGUUAUAUGUUUGGCAUUGUUCUGUUUGUAAGAAAAACACAAUUGAUUUUUCAUUUUUUGCAGAAGAGCCAAAUAGCACAGAUUAUAAUAAAAGUCAGUGUUGCUGAUGUUCAAUGUA